AAACCGUUAUACACUCACCCUAUGGGCCCCGGGUCCUGAGCUGGGCCCUUACUGCAUCCUGGCUAGCUGUGCGAUCACUAAGAACCUCCCAGAACUGCCAUAAAAGCGAGCUGUGUUCUUAUUGAAGAUGAAGCAAUAAAUAUAGAGGAAGUAAGGAUCUCUUCUCUCCUUUGACCUAUUUGAGUUUGUACAUUCAUUAUUCGAGAGCCAAGCAGGGACACAGACAUGAAACGGCGGGAUCCUCCAAAUAAAGGGGCCACUGGGAGACCAUUACAUGGCAGAGGCUCGGAGACAAAAUCCCCGACAAAGCAGCCGCAUUUCUCAAAAAAUAAGAAAAGAUCUUCGUCCUGGUGGCUUACCGGCUUGAAAAUCUUUGGGUUAUGUCUUCUUGUGGUCUACAUUACCGUCCCAUUCAUCAUUAGGCUGUUCCCAGUAUUGCUCGCCAAGGUAGUUUAUUUAAACAUGGUGAAGGUCCCAUUUUUUGUUGAUACAAGGCAGCCCGGAGAGAUCCUGAAUCACACCACCAGUUUCUACCUCGCACCCGAAGAAGGGAUCACUGUGGGCGUCUGGCAUACUGUGCCCACCAGCAGGGGAGAAGAGGCGAAAGGCAAGGAUCAGAGCUGGUACGAAGCUGCUCUGUCAGAUGAGAACCCGGUCAUAAUCUAUCUCCACGGAAACGGGGGGACCAGGGCUGUAGACCACCGAGUGCAGCUUAUGAAGGUUCUCAGUGCUUCCGGCUUUCACGUCUUGGCUAUCGACUACAGAGGUUUUGCCGAUUCCACCGGAGAACCGAGUGAGGAGGGCGUGACGGAGGACUCUGUGUAUUUAUACCAAUGGGUGAAGGCUCGGAGCCGCGGGAGCCCUGUCUGUUUGUGGGGGCAUUCCCUGGGCACCGGAAUAGCAACGAACGCAGCCAAAAGGCUCCAAGAAAGGGGGGACGCACCGGAUGCGGUUAUUCUAGAAGCGCCGUAUACUAACAUACGGGAAGCUGGUGCUUAUCAUCCUUUUGGGAAAAUUUACCACAUGUUCCCCGGGUUUCAAUAUUUCUUCCUGGAUACAUUUGCUUUGAGCAAUAAUGUCUUCCCCAACGACGAAAAUGUUAAAGUUCUCUCCAGUCCUCUCUUAAUACUGCACGCAGAAGAUGACCAAGUAGUUCCUUCGUCACUGGCCAAAAAGCUCCAUGAAACAGCCCUGAUGGCUCCCCAUUCCCGGCAGGUUAAACUGGUUUUAUUCCCUGCGGCUCUUGGCUAUAAACACAAGUUUAUUUAUAAAGACCCCAAACUGCCCGGCAUAAUAUGGAAUUUCCUGAACUCCAUCUAAAUCGUGGAACUUGUACCUGGAAAUAUACUGGGCCGCAGCCAGACACAGUCCAUGUUUGCAGAUGUCUCAAUAAAUACACAUUUUGUUUA